UUGAAUAGUGGUGAACCGUCUGCAGUCGCAGGGUGUGUUCGAAACCGAUAGCUCACAGAUCUAUCAUCUGUGUUUUCUUCUGGGCAAUGGGACUGUGAGCGCCCUGGAUAUGCUGACUGAAUCAGGCAUUUUUAUGUAGGGACGAAAUUCUGUUGCAUGUGGACUAGUUUUGACAAAAGACGACGGUGGAAAGGAACGGGACAGGCAAUACAGAAGUCGUGGUUUGACAGGUGCCUUGCCGCGAGAGAUGCAUCCUGUUCAAAAAACGGUGUCCAAUCUCCGCUCCCGGGUGGAAGGCUACGAGAGGACAGAGGACACCUCAGGGAAGACGUCGGCAACUGCCCAAGAAGAGGCCAGAGUGAUAUUCAUCAACAAGCCCCAGUACGCCAAGUUCUGCAGCAACCACGUCAGCACUGCAAAAUACAAUGUCCUCACAUUCCUGCCUCGGUUCCUGUAUGCUCAGUUCAGACGGGCGGCCAAUUCCUUCUUCCUGUUCAUCGCACUCCUGCAGCAAAUUCCAGAUGUGUCUCCAACAGGACGCUGGACCACCCUGGUCCCUCUGCUUUUAAUCUUGCUGGUGGCAGCCGUGAAAGAGAUCAUUGAGGACCUGAAACGGCACAGUGCUGACAGCGUAGUGAACAAGAAGAAAACACAAGUGUUCAGAAAUGGAGCAUGGAAGACUGUCCACUGGCAGAAGGUGGCUGUUGGAGAGAUAGUCAGAGCCAGCAAUGGGGACCACCUCCCGGCUGAUCUCGUCAUUCUGUCCUCCAGUGAGCCACAGGCCAUGUGCUACAUCGAGACUUCAAACCUGGAUGGAGAGACCAACCUCAAGAUCCGCCAGGGCCUGCAGGUGACCGCUGAACUACGGGAUGACGACAGCCUGUCGAGGCUAGUAGGAAGCAUGGAGUGCGAGAACCCCAACCGCCACCUCUACGACUUUGUGGGGAACAUCCGCCUGGAGGGCCAGAGCACGGUGCCUUUGGGUCCAGACCAGAUUCUGCUGAGAGGAGCCCAGCUUCGGAACACACAGUGGGUCCAUGGCAUUGUGGUCUACACUGGGCAUGACACCAAGCUGAUGCAGAAUUCGACAAGUCCACCCCUGAAGUUGUCCAACGUGGAGCAAAUUACCAAUUUCCAGAUUCUGGCGCUUUUCGGUUGCCUGCUAGCCAUUUCCCUGGUGUGUGCCAUUGGCCAGACCAUCUGGAAAGUCCAACACGGCAACGACGCCUGGUACAUGGACCUCAACUAUGGCGGCGCCGCCAACUUUGGCCUCAACUUCCUGACCUUCAUCAUCCUUUUCAACAACUUGAUUCCCAUCAGCCUGCUGGUCACCUUGGAGGUCAUCAAGUUCAUCCAGGCUUUCUUCAUCAACUGGGACACAGACAUGCACUAUGAAGUCACCAACACACCUGCAAUGGCUCGGACCUCUAACCUCAAUGAAGAGCUAGGACAGGUGAAGUACAUCUUCUCAGACAAAACGGGAACCUUGACCUGCAACGUGAUGCAGUUUAAAAAGUGCACCAUCGCAGGCUUAGCCUAUGGGCAUCACUCAGAUGAAGAUUAUGGUUAUUUUGAGGAUGAAGGACACACUGCGCAGGUGGCUGAAGAGGUGGGAUUUAACGACCCCAGCCUGUUGGAGAACCUCCAGAGAAACCAUCCAACUGCACCCACCAUCCGGGAGUUUAUGACCAUGAUGGCUGUGUGCCACACAGCCGUACCAGAGCGGACUGGCGAUGAGAUCAUCUACCAGGCGGCUUCUCCAGAUGAGGGGGCCCUGGUGAGAGCAGCAAGGGACCUCGGCUUUGUGUUUUCUGGCCGAACCCCAGACUCUGUCAUCAUCAAUUGUCUAAGCCAGGAGGAAAGGUAUGAGCUGCUGAAUGUUCUGGAGUUCACAAGUUCCAGGAAAAGAAUGUCUGUCAUAAUGCGAACUCCAUCCGGGAAGAUCCGCCUCUACUGCAAAGGGGCUGACACAGUCAUCUAUGAUCGGCUGGCUGCCUCCUCUAAAUAUAAAGAAAUCACACUUACUCACUUGGAGCAAUUUGCCACGGAAGGGCUGCGUACUCUGUGCUACGCAGUAGCCGACAUCUCGGAGGUUUCGUACCAGGAGUGGGUGGAGGUGUACCACAGCGCUGCGACUGCACUACAGCAUCGGGCACUGAAGCUGGAGGAGAGCUAUGAGCGCAUCGAAAAGAACCUGCAGUUGCUGGGGGCAACUGCCAUUGAGGAUAAGCUCCAGGACAAAGUUCCAGAGACGAUUGAGACCCUUAUGAAGGCUGACAUCAAGAUUUGGAUCCUCACCGGGGACAAGCAAGAGACUGCCAUCAACAUCGGGCAUUCCUGCAAACUUCUUACCAAGAACAUGGGUCUUCUGGUGAUCAAUGAAGAUUCGUUUGACGGUGCCAGGGAGGCCCUCAGCCAGCAUUGCAGCAUGCUGGGAGAUCCCCUGCACAAGGACAGUGAUUUUGCCCUCAUCAUUGAUGGAAAGACACUACAGCAUGCCCUUACCUUUGCGGCUCGCCAGCUAUUCUUGGACCUGGCACUGUCCUGCAAGGCAGUCAUCUGCUGCAGGGUGUCCCCGCUGCAGAAAUCUGACGUGGUGGAAAUGGUGAAAAAGCAGGUUCGGGUCAUCACGCUGGCAAUCGGUGACGGUGCAAAUGAUGUGGGCAUGAUCCAGACGGCGCAUGUCGGCGUGGGCAUCUCGGGCAAUGAGGGCCUGCAAGCUGCCAACUCCUCUGACUACUCCAUUGCCCAGUUCAAGUACUUGAAGAAUCUGCUGCUGGUCCACGGCGCCUGGAACUACAACCGAGUGACCAAGUGCAUCCUCUACUGCUUCUACAAGAACAUUGUCCUGUACAUAAUCGAGAUCUGGUUUGCCUUUGUGAACGGUUUCUCCGGUCAAAUCCUGUUCGAGCGCUGGUGCAUUGGGCUGUACAACGUGAUAUUCACGGCACUGCCUCCACUUACUCUGGGGAUAUUUGAGCGUUCCUGCAGGAAAGAGAACAUGCUGAAGUAUCCGGAGCUCUACAAGACCUCCCAGAAUGCAAUGGGCUUCAAUACCAAGGUCUUCUGGGCUCAUUGUCUGAAUGGCCUGUUCCACUCCAUCAUCCUCUUCUGGUUUCCCCUCGCAGCCUUCAAGCAUGACACAGUCUUUGGAAGCGGCAAGACCCCAGACUACCUUCUCCUCGGGAACAUGGUCUACACAUUUGUGGUGAUCACUGUGUGUCUCAAAGCUGGUCUGGAGACUUCUUCCUGGACUAUGUUCAGUCACAUUGCCAUUUGGGGCAGUAUCAGCCUGUGGGUGGUGUUUUUCUGGAUCUACUCCUCGCUGUGGCCCCUCAUCACCCUGGCCCCGGACAUGUCCGGACAGGCGAACAUGAUGUUUAGUUCUGGGGUGUUCUGGAUGGGCCUGAUCUUCAUUCCCAUCACCUCCCUCAUCUUCGAAGUUGCCUACAAAGUGAUGAAGAAGGUGUUCUUCAAGACCCUGGUGGAUGAGGUGCAGGAGCUAGAGGCUUUGUCCAAGGACCCUGGAGCAGUGGUUCAUGGGAAAAGCUUGACUGAGAGAGCUCAGCUCCUGAAGAAUGUCUUCAAGAAGAACACUGUUGCCAUGUACCGCUCAGAGUCGAUGCAGCUGAACAUACUCCAUGUGGGCUCAGGCUACGGUGCAUGUUGCAUGCUGGGACAGGAAGGGAGAGAAACCACAUCUGUAAAUGAUGGCUAUGCGUUCUCUCAAGAUGAAAACGGCGUUGUCUCCCAGUCGGAAGUUAUGCGGGCAUAUGACACCACAAAGCAGACCGAUUAGCACUGAAGUUCUGCACCCUUGGGAGACACCACUUCCUCAGAGAUGCAGUCCUACAUCCACACUUGGACAGGGAAGUCCUGGACCAGUUCCUGGAUCUUCUGUUCAUACAUAUACAGUAUAUACACUCAGUGGCCACUUUAUUAGGUACACUUGUACACCAGCUUGGACAGAAGAAUAUAUGAGCGGAUGGUCUAGGAAGUGUUCCAGCAGUUUCCUUUGUGUGUGUGCAUGCAUGCGUUUAGGCAUGUUCGUGUUUGGGUGUGACAGAGCGAGAGAGUGUGGUAAUUUUUUUUACCAAUGGGGGUGACAAAAACGAAUGCUCCAGCUCAACAGAAUGAUCCUCCAAACUAUAGUUUGCUUUCCCGUAGUGAGUAACCAGUGUAGUUUCACUGUAACAGCCCGCAAGUCUAAAGUCUCCCUUGUAAGCCAACAGAGUUUAUCUUUACAAUAUGGCUCUUCUCUUCGAUCUCUUAAAAGCAGACUGUAUGGCAGAGAUCAGCAACUCACAGGCCUCGUGGGCUGAAAACGGCUGGUUUUCUACCCUGCCUUUACCUGGGAGUCAGGUGUGAAGACAGUCUGGACAAUCAGACCCAGGAGAAAAGAAAAACAGGCCUGGAUGUGGAUUCAUAGGCCAGAGUUGGUGAUCCCUGCUAUAAGAGAUAUAGCCAUAUAGCUCCUCUUUUACAAUGCUGUUAGAAUUGUUACUGGGUACAUACUGCAAAUAUGUGAUCGGGAUAGAAUAAUCCAGAUUAUUUUGAAAGAAAAUCGAAAAGCUUGACAAUGCAAGGUUCGAGGGAGUCCUGACUGCCAAAGAAAAACAACAGUUUUUUGAGGCUGUGACUCGUGAAUGCGGUUGCUGCUGAAGUUUCUCACUACACUUGGAUUCUAGUAUUGAACAUACCCUAUUUUCCAAACAGACUGGAUAUUUUUGUAGUUUGGAUUUUGUUUGCACUGAAAUGUUUGACAUCUAGGGCAUUGUAUGGGUCAUUGCCUUUGGCCAUAAUUCUUUCAGUUUUAGUUUAAAUUUUUUUUUUUUUUUUUUUCGUUGUUUUGCAAAAUUCACUUUUGACACAGUGCUGUAAAUUUUUUAAUUGCCAUUUGGCCUAUAGUUUUCGCAUAACAGUUAUUUGCAUUCCAUGUGUGGCUAUCACAACAGUGCCUAAAACAAUACUUCCCUGAAUAAAAUGUGUUGAAAAGGUCAGUUAUGGUUGUACCCCUAUGAGUGAGAUGAGACCAAUUUGUGGGACACCUUGCUCGUGUGUAAAUAAUCUGUCUGACCUAUAUAGCAUUUUUGCUUCCAAGUUCCUUUGGAAAGCUAUGGAGCACAACAACUUUUAAAAUAACAGUUUUCACAGGGUGAAGUGUAGUUAAAUUUCACAUUCAGUCAUUUCAUUGUCACAUUUGUGUUUCAAGCUUCCUCUUUGAACAGUUUUGGUUGUGUUAAGAAUCUCAUUAGCUAAAGGGAAGUCUUAUUAGCUAAAGGGAGAAGAAACACUUUUGUGAAUUCAUUUUUAUAUGUAUUAUAGCAACUGGACAAAUAUAGUUUUCUACAUUGGCCUACUGAAUUGUAAUGAAUUUUCCAUUCAUUCUGAACUGAUUUUUUUUUCAGACAGAUGGUAUAUCUUUUCAUACAAGGAAACGGGGAAAAAAUGAAAUGUGUAGAUAUUGCUUAUAUUUUUAAAAAUGCUUAUUUUAAAUUGUAAAAAUAAUGAUAAUGUGUGAGUCUCCCUGUGGGAGAACUGUUCAGGGUGGGCAUCUGUGCAUCUGAUAUGUGUCUAACCUCUGUGCCUGUUGUGUGUGUGUGUGUGUGUGUGUGUGUGUACUUGUGUGUUUGGAUGCGCCUGUUAAUAUUUUCAAAGGUUCUUGUGGAUGAACGAAUGCAUGUGCCACAGAUUCCGGUUGUGUAUACAUGGCAGUACCACUCAUUGCUUUGUCUGCAUGAUCUCGGAUGUAGUGCCAGUUACCCCUUCUCCGCCUAACAUCCAUACCUUUGGAUCCUUCUAGUGCCCACCCCCUGGCCACUAAUAAAGGGUGAUAGGCCCUGCCAGGAAGUGCCAGGAUAUGGUUUUAAACAUAGGGGACAUUCAUUAUCAUUUAGAAGUGACACUGUGUAACAUACAAUUUGGCUGCAUCAUAGUUUUCAGGAGCAUGUUUUAAAAUUUGAGAGAAUGUUAUUUUUUAUUUUUUAUUCUGAAUGUUCACUGGGGUAGGGGGGGUGUAGCAUCUUUGUAAUUCUUUAUUUCUUGAGGCUGUAGUUAAAUAAAAAUAUAAAAUUGUAGCCAUACACUGAAAACAAUGUUUUCAUAACCAGUUUGGGAAUCUGAUGAACAGGAAUGUUUUUGUUUUGGGCACAUAUGUCUGUUUCUGUCGACCUGUUCUGCUUGUAUGUAAUGUCAAACGAAUCCUCAAAACAUAAAAGUGGAGCACCUGCUGCAAAUCUUCGAUCAUCUCAUCUGUGAAUCUUGGUCGCUGGCCUGCUGGUAGUCACUUUUAGAAAGAAAAUGCACUUUUACGUGUGAUGGUCUAUUAUUUUUAAUAUACCUUGUGAUUCCUCUGCAUGUGGCGACUGCAGCUUUUUAACAUGUUAAAUGUAUUUUACUGCCAUGAUGGAAAUAAACCUUGCUAAUGGAGUAACAUU